CUUGUCUGUUGUCAUCCGUUGUUGUUCCUAUGGGCGGCGGGACGCUUAAAAACAGUCGGUGAUGGUCUUACAUGAUAAAGUUUAACAGGAGCAUCGUCGUGUAUAACUAUCAAUAUGCCACCCAAGAAGCAGAAGGACCCUACAGCAAACAUCUCCAGCUCUAUCGAGUCUGAGGACUUCAGUCUGGAGACAACAGUCCCCACAGAGGACAUCUCGUCCUCGGAUGAGAAAGAUGGCGCAGGGAAGGUCACAAAACAGCUCUUGGAAAGAAAAGAGCUGCUCCAUAACCUUCAAAAACUAAAGAUAGAGCUGUCACAGAAAAAUCUGCUCAUAGACAACCUUAAAGUGGACCAUCUGACCAAGAUAGAAGAGCUGGAAGAAAGGCUGAAUGAUGCUAUCCAUCAGAAACAGCUUCUCGCUCUGCGCCUGGACAGCCAGCUCAAACUGCAGCAGGAUGAAAACAGGAAGCAACAAGCCCUGAGGAAGCAGGAGAUGGACACCAUUAUGCUCAGACAGAAGCAGCUGGAAGAGACAAACCAACAGUUGUGUGAACGAGCAGGGGACCUCCGCAGGAGUCUGAGGGACCUGGAGCUGUCUGAGGAGAAGUACGGCGAGCUGAAGGAACUCCCUGAGGACAGACUCUCCAUCCCUGAAUAUGUGGCAGUUCAGUUCUAUGAGGUGGUGAACCCUCUGAGGACUCUUGUGACUGAACUGCAGUUGAAAAAGACCAACCUGACUGAGGAUCUGGAAAGCCACCGCAACCAAAUAAGAUCAUUAAUGGAGAGUUAUGAGGAUGAGAGGAGAGCACGCUCAGAGCUGGAGAUCCGCUGCCAGAGACUCACGCUGGAACUUGCUGACACAAAGCAGCUUAUUCAGGAAGGAGACUACAAACGAGAGAACUAUGACAAAAUCAAACGGGAGAGAGAUGGGUAUGAAACUGAGCUCAGAGAAUUGAGGAAGAAGUUAGAGAUGCUGGACCUCACACACACUGCCAUGACUAAAGAGAGGAAUGAACUAACUAAAGAGGUAGCCACUCUUCAGCAGUCAGUAACACUGAUGCAGAAGGAUAAGGAAUAUCUUAACAGGCAGAACAUGGAGCUUAAUGUGCGGUGUGCUCAUCAAGAAGACCGUCUAGACAGGUUGCAGACCCAGCUUGAGGACACCAAGAAGGCCAGAGAAGACGCCUAUGAAAAAUAUGUGGCAUCUAGAGAUCACUAUAAGACAGAGUAUGAAAAUAAACUGCGUGAUGAACUGGAGCGCAUUCACCUGAAAACCAGUCAUGAGAUCGAGAGCCUACAGAGGGCAUCUAAAGAGAUGUACGAGAGAGAGAACAGAAACCUUCGUGAAACCCGAGAUAAUGCUGUCAUUGAGAAAGACAGAGCUUUAAAUGCAGAAAGAGAUGCCCAGGCCAAAUAUGAUCAAAUCCUGGAGCAGUUCAGGCAGUUGCAGCUGGGUUCAGACAGCAGGGUGGCAGAACUGCUUAACCAGGUGAAGCUGAAAAUGUUUGAGUCGGAGCGUGCCCAGAUGGUCCAGGAUGAGACGGCCAGGAACCUCAGCCUCUGUCAAAUUGAGUGUGAAAAACACCAGAAAAAACUGGAGGUUCUAACAAAAGAGUUUUACGGGCUACAGACAUCAUCAGAGAAGCGCAUAACUGAACUGCAGGCCCAGACUUCUGAGCAGCAAGCACGACUGGAGACUUACGAGCGAUUGGAAAAGGAGCUAGAUGAUGUCACCAUGCAGGCUGCAGAAAUGGAAAAUGAAGAUGAAGCAGAGAGGGUGCUGUUUUCAUAUGGUUAUGGUGCAAACAUUCCAACAACUGCCAAGAGAAGACUUAAGCAAAGUGUACACUUGGCACGUAGGGUUCUGCAGCUUGAGAAACAGAACACACUGCUUAGGAGAGACCUGGAAAGACAGAAAGUGCACAGCAGUCAAAUCUCCGAACAGUUGGAGGCAGCAAACCAGCUUCUUCAGCAAGCCCAGCAGCCACACAGCUACCUGAUUGAGACUGUGCGGAAAAGAGACACUCAGAUCCACACAAUGAAAGAGUGUGUCUCACGGUUAGAAGAGGAAGUGAGCUCACUACGGAAAGAGAAGAUUGCUAUACUGCAGGUGAAAAACAACAUGGCUGCGGAUCUGGAGAGGCUCCUGAACCACAGAGAGGAACUGUCAGUGAUGAAGCAAGUCCUGAUUAGCAUGCAUUCACAGCAGCAUGGUGGUCUCGAGACAGAUGGUGUCUCUACAGCAGUUCACAGACCUAGACUGUUAAAAAGCACUGUUGAGGAGCAAGACAACCAUGGACCAAAACCCACUGUGUUUACCAAUAAAGAGGCUCCAGAGUGGUACAGAAAACUCAAACGGAUAACCAAAUGAGGGACUUGUUCAGCUGGUUUUAAAGUGUUAGGAUUCUACUUGUCAUGCAAUCACUGAUGAACGUAUGUUUGUUAUAGAGAAGCUAUUACAUAACUAGUUACACAGGUUUUUAUGGUGGCCAUCAAGAAUGUGAACCCUAAACUAUGAAUUUCUAUUUUAUAGAAAUAAAUCUUUUUUUUUUUUUUUUUUUACAUUUGUGUAAGAGUGUGAAUUUGUUCUUGUUUUUAUUGCAUUUUAAAGGAUUUAAAGGAAUAUUCCAGCAAAAAAUUUUAGUUACAGUGAGGCACUUACAAUGGAAGUGAAUGGGGCCAAUCUGUAAACAUUAAAAUACUCACUGUUGAGUAUUGAGUGUGGCCACAAAAUGUAAAAAAUAUACAUGUUGACAUGAUUUUAGUGUGAUAAAAUCGCUUUAUAACCUUUUCUUUGUAAAGUUAUAUCCAAUUUCACAACUUCGUUGCCAUGAAAAUGUAAAACUGUAAAACCCUAAAAUGACUGUAAAAACGAUCAAAUAAUAAGUGAGUUUAACAGAAGAAUUCAUGUAAGCGUGUUUUGUAAAUUAUGAGUGGCAUUUCUUUCUUAAAAAACCCUCCAAAAAUGUACCUCAUUCAUUUCCUUUGUAAGUGCCUCACUGUAACCUCGAUUUUUGCUGUUUUUAAAGAAAACGAGGGAUGAAUCAAAAUAAAUUUUUUGAGGUAAUCAAUAUUAUUAUGCCUAUAUUGAUACCAGCAGGGUUGGGAAGGUUACUUUUGAAAUGUAUUCCACUACAGAUUACAGAAUACAUUCUGUAAAAUGUAAUUUGUAACGCAUUCCUUUAGAUUACUCAAGGUCAGUAACAUAUUCUAAAUACUUUGGAUUACUUCUUCAGCACUGGUAGAUUUUUUCACUUGUUUUGACUAUAAAACUCUGCCAGUACAGUAAGACAAAAUACACGUUCAAAAUACAUUCUCUGAAAAACCUAAAUAUCUUGUGCAGUGUUGUUUCUAAAACAAGAUAAAUCAAAUUGAUCUUGUUUUAAGGAUUUUUAGAUAUUUUUACAGGAAAACAAUACAAAAAUUAUAAAGAAUAAGAUUUUUGCCCUAAUAUUAAAGGUCUUACUAGAAAAAAAGAAAUUAUGAUCCAACGUGAAUUUUCUUGAUAAAAAAAAAUAUAAUCGUGCCUGGUAACGUGCAUGUAAAAUGGCUAGAAAUAGCAUUUUAGCUUGGCGUAAAGCUGAUAAUUUACACAAGGUUCAUUUCUGUUUCUUCUGCUCCAAACUAACUUCAAACUUACUUCUCUGUCUGCACGUAUGAAUGUAACACAUCAUAAGAAAGUGUUUCUCCGCUGUUCAAGUGCA